CACGUGUUGCGUCCCUCACGCUGUAGGUAGGACUAGUCUACACAGCACCACAGCGGGGACCGAGGCCGCGCUAGCGCAGGCGUGCCAGACCGAGUGCUGUGCUGACUGCUCUGCGACCAACAUGCGUUGUGGAGAGCGGUUAGUCCAGGCUUUGGUGCACCGUCCAGCGCACACUUCACUUGCCUAUCUGCAUGCAGGUGGGAUUAAGGUUUGCAGAGAAAGGGAUUUAGAUGACGAGGAGGCGCAUGUGUGUACUGUGCAUGCGACGAUGCGCUGCGCUGCGAUUCUGCGUGUGCUGGCACGUGUUGAAUCGACCUCGCAGCCCGACACUCGCACACAGAUGGACCCAUCUUGCCCCGCGCGCAGCACCCCAGGGUUUAACACACAGCCGCUCUCCGCCACUAUAUCCCGUCGGCGCCCGUCCGCGCAGUCUGCGCGGACGUUGCACAACCUACAGCCUCGUCACCCCCGUUCCCCGCUGCGCUCCUCGGACCGCACUGUCACGGCCUCACAGAGCCUGUGGAGCGGUGAAGGGUGUAAUACUUUACGUGAUGCGGGCUGCUGCAGGGAGUCACGAGACCGGUUCAUUGGCUGCGAGGUGCCGAUGGGGGGUUCGGCACUUUGCGACAGGCGAGCCACCCGAGUUUUCUGUGUUGUGCUUGACUCGGGAUACCGAGGGGCGAGUAGGUAAGCGCGCGAGGAGGCGAAAAGGAUGACCCUGGAGUAGUAGCAUUUGUUUUCUAGAGGACUAUUUUGGUCGUCCCGUAUGGUCUUCCGUGCGCCGAGAAUUCGUUUUCAUGGCCAAGUGGGAAGCGUGUUUCGGGGCUUGCAUAUCUGUCAGGCUGUUUGGCCCCCAGGCCAGAUUUGCCAGGAACGAAGAAACCU